AUGCCAUGGGCAUGUCUUGAUAUCGAUCUUCUAGAGGCUCUUCUGUUCGAUGGUAACGCUCCGGAGAUUUCCGAGAGUGUGGCUUGCGAUGCAAGAGUGUUUAUAGAAACAUGUUUCGCAAGGAACCCUGAGGAGAGAGGGAGCGCAUCUGAGUUGUUGUUACAUCGUUUUCUUCAUCCACAAGAGGAGGGUGAGAAGGUUAUUUCUGUUGUCGCCGCUGGAAAGAAGAGAGAUUCGUUGUCGUUGAGAAUCAACAAAUCUACGGAUAUUACAAAGAAGCCCCUGAAAGAGAAGAUAUUUCCAUCAAAUCCUCCAAAGUCUAAGAAGAUUCUGAAUAGUCUAGUGAGGUUGAAGAUUAUGCUUAUGAUGAAACGCUCGGUAUCCAAACUAGUUUCGGUUCAAUAA